CUUGAUAUGAUUCCAAGACCUGAAGGUACCGCACGACCAAAGGCUCGAGCUCUUGGCUCGACCGCAGCGGUGCAAGCGGGGGCGUCUUUGGACGAUGUUUUGAUCCAUGGUUCCUGGCUAUCCUCCUCGGUUUUUGACACUUUCUACCGUAUCUCUCGAGAGACGGCUACGGAUUUCACUCAGAUGGCCCUUCCGACGGUUGUUUCUCUGCAUUCACAAUCUGAAUCAGUGCCAGCCGAAGAAUAA